CGCUGGUGUGCCUUUGAGAGACUCAAUUGACUUGACCGGACUCGAACUCGACCAACCGCCGCGUCGAGCAGCGACUGCUUCCCAUUCCGAUUGAGUCGGCUCCCAUGGCGGCUCCACUGCCUCGCGCCCCCGUCUCCUCCCCAGCGAGCCGCGCCGCCCUAUGUCCAGCCCGCUCCAACCCUUGCACGGCCGCGGCGCCAUCCUCGGGGGCCCUCGGGUGGCGGCGCAGGCAGCCUUGCCCGGUGCUCUCCAUUGCGCCGGGCUCCGCCCGGUCGACGCCAGCAGCCCUCGCCGUCGAUCCCAAGGUUGAAGCGUUACUAGACAGUGUGAAGUGGGACGUCAAAGGGCUGGCAGUUGCUAUUGCGCAAAAUGUGGAUACUGGAGCCAUUCUUAUGCAGGGCUUUGCUAACAAAGAGGCCCUUGCAGCAACUAUAUCAACCAGAAAAGCUACAUUCUAUAGCCGUUCACGGUCUUCAUUGUGGACUAAAGGGGAGACAUCCAUGAACUUCAUCAAUGUGCAUGACAUAUUCUUGGACUGUGACCGUGAUUCAAUAAUAUACCUUGGUACGCCAGAUGGACCUACAUGCCAUACAGGGGCAGAGACCUGCUACUAUUCUUCAGUCUAUGAUGCACUACAAGGUUCAAAGUCCAAUCAAGAGAGGCAGGUCGCCACAACUCUCUACUCGCUUGAAGAUACGAUCAGUAGGCGGAAGGAGGAGAUAGUUACUGAAGGGAGUGGUAAGCCAUCAUGGACGAAAAAACUACUGCUUGAUAACCAGCUGCUUUGCUCAAAAAUACGUGAAGAAGCAGGUGAACUAAUUGAAACACUGCUUGAGAAUGAGGACAAAUCUCGUACAGCCUCGGAGAUGGCUGAUUUACUGUACCACGCAAUGGUGCUCCUCAGCGUGAGGGAUGUGAAGAUGGAGGAGGUGCUGGAGGUCCUGAGGAGACGAUUUUCGCAGUCUGGCGUUGAGGAGAAGGCUAGCCGCAAGAAAUCUUAGCAUGAUGGCAUGUAGGUGGAUGGAUGAAUUCCAUGUGAUUGGGCAGGGUGUAGUAUGGAGUAGUCCAGUUCUGCUAUGGUACCACCUGAGAUUUAUGUUUUCUCAUCAUGCUCUCUAAGAAGAAGACUGUGAACUUGUCUUGUGUUUUUUAUUUUACCUUUUCCCUUGCACAGUCGCAGUGGCGUUGUUGCUGCUUUGGCCAAUAAAGCAUAAUAUGAGUCUCUGACCCAUGAUAUAUGUGGGUGAUUUAUAGUAUGGAAACUAUGUUUUGUCGUGCAAAA